UGAAUUGUUUAAUUUUUUUUAAAAAGUAAAAGCAGGAACGCAACUAGUUGGUGACUUGUGUUUUUAAAAAAUGUAUCUUGAACCCAAGUUUAGAAUUGACAGGCAGAUUAGGGAUGGUAAAAGUUUUACGCACCCUGUAAAAUCUGAGAAGCAAAACUAGUAGCCGUUGAUUCGUUUUGGAAAAAGAAAACGCUUGCAGAUAGAGGAUAGUGUUUAGGGACCGGUGCAUUACACCCCCAAGCACCAAGAAAGCAUUUUUAAAACAAUGCCUUAGAAUCCACUUUUUUUUUGCCUUUUGAAGAUUAUAUCAACUGUAUAGGCAAAUGUGAUAUUUCCUUGCAAGCUACCGUGCCCUUUAACUCUGUUACACAACAGCCACGGCCACCAUAUGUGCUUUAAGCCAGAGUCAACAUGUCUGAAACAAACUACAAUUGAUCAGCGCAAGACAAACAACCAGGGUCUUAGUUAUCUUGUGCCCUCGGGCAGUAACCACGCUUCUUUCGAGGGAGCUCUCUCCGUGCUGAAGACAGGAUGAGGCAGCGAGAGCUCUAGGCGCCUUACAAGCCAACGUUUCCUGCUUCAUGAUCGUGGAACCACUACACCCUACCCCCGAAGCCCCACAACAUCACCCCACCCCAUCACCCAGUGCUGUCUGGCAUCACGUGGUCAACGGGAGAUUGAUGACACCGACGCAAAACCCCAAUUCCGUGAAAGGUCCAGAGUGCGAUCUGCCGGCGGCGAGUAGCCCCGGGGAAACUGGUUACGCAGGUGGAAACGCGUUAACGGCGGCGACCUUUUGUACUGUACCCUGCCUUCCUUACACCUGCAAACGUUUAGCACCAUUCCCACCACGAUAAAAUCCGCAGGUGCUGGAAAUCCAAAGCAACACGCACAAAAUGCUAGAGGAACUCAACAGUUCAGGCAGUGUUUAUGGAAGAGUCAACAGUCGACAUUUCGGGCCGAGACCCUUCAUCGAAUCAGCCCGAAACUCUUUUCCAUAGACGGUGCCCGGCCUGCUGGAGUUCCUCCAGCAUUAUGUGCGUGUUACAUCAUUCCUCCUGCCCCAGCAAACCAAAGCAGGAAAUUACCACCAUUGACAGAAGUCCAGGUGGUUUAUUCAGGAUCGACGGAGUUUUGGUAUUAGCUAGUUUUUUUUAAUAUCACAGUGAAAAAUAAGGGAGACCCUUCAUCAAACCAAUCAACUGCCAUUUAAUAGAACCACGUCCAGACGACGAUUAUUUUAUAUUCACAAGAGAUUCUGCAGAUGCUGGAAAUCCAGAGUAACACACACAAAAUGCUGGAGGAACUCAGCAGGUCAAGAGUAUCUACGGAGAGGAAUAAACAAUCAACAUUUAUAUUCCUUUUAUAUUUGGGUUACUUAUUAUCAAACUGUCUUCUGAUAAAUAUUGAUAAACCUGAAGCUUUACAGUAUGGAAGGAGACCCUACCUGCCCUUGGACUGUGACAGGACAGUGUCUUGUAAAGUACCCAGGUGUCAGAAUAAAACAAAAUUGUACCCCUCGUCUGUCCUUCUGGUGUUUCUAUGUUUGUUGAGGUCUUGCUCUUAGCCCCACUUAAAAGAGAUAGAGACACAACCUGUGAAACCAGUCCUGGAGGAUUUCACUGGCAGCAUUAACUGUGGCAGAGAAUUGCUGGAUAGUUAGCCUGGGGCCCACCCAUCUUAAGAAAGACUAGCACCAAUUAUAGGGACUGCUCAAUUAAAGGGGAGGUGCACCGAUUAUAGGGACUGCUCAAUUAAAGGGCUGACUCAGGUGCCAGGAGCCCUUCCAUAAGUGGAUGGUCUAAUCUGCUUUCCUAUCAGAUUCCUCCUCCUCCACCUUUUACAUUCAGCCACGUAUCACCUUCCAGUCUUACUUCAUACCCCUCCACCACCCACCCAGCUUUCUCCCCCCGGCCCAAUUUCACCUAUCACCUGUCAGCUCGUACCCCUUCCCUUCCCCUCACAUUCUUCUUCUAGCUUCUGCCCCCUUUAAAUUCCAAUAGUGAUGAAGGGUAUCCAUCCGAAAUGUCGACUCUUUGUUCUCUUGCAUAGAUACUGCCUGGCCUGCUGAGUUUCGCCAGCAUUUGUGGUGUGUGUUGCUCUGGGAUCUACAGCAUCUGCAGAAUCUUGUGUUUAUAGAUCCACUUUUAGAAGAGAAAAUGUGAAGUACAAGUUUACGCUUGGAUCUGUAGGGUAUCAGGUGAACCUCUGUCAAACAUGCAGUGUUCAUGUGCUCAUAUUGCUUUAUGAUUUGAAGGGGAGGAUUCAAUACUUCAAGUCUUUGCCAGCUCACAGAUUCCCCACUAAUUUUCCCUGAAGUCCAUUUUCUCCUCAGCUCCCUGGUUCCCAUAUUUACCUCCCAACUAGGGGCAAUUUAACCAGCCAACUCGACGUGGAGGGAAGUUGAAACAGCCAGAAGGAAGUCUACAUGGUUAGAGGAAGAACACAUAAACUCCACACAGACAAGACAGAAGGUCAGGACAGAGCCCAGUGAGCACCUCUAAUUAUCCUGAUUUAUUUUGCUGAUAAUCACACACAAUGGAAUCAAAUCAAAAAAACGGGGAUGGAUUAACCGGAACUGUAAAAGAAGCAAGUUUACGUACAUUGAUUCAGCGCACAGGAUAUAGCUUGGUACAGGAAAAUGGGCAGAGGAAAUAUGGAGGUCCCCCUCCAGACUGGGAAGGCCCACCUCCUGAGAGAGGCUGCGAAAUAUUCAUUGGGAAAUUACCACGGGACCUUUAUGAAGAUGAACUUGUACCAGUUUUGGAAAAAAUCGGGAAAGUAUAUGAAUUACGGAUGAUGAUGGAUUUUAAUGGCAAUAAUAGAGGAUAUGCUUUCGUUCUGUUCACCAAUAGACAGGAAGCCAAGGAUGCAAUUAAGCAGCUCAAUAAUUAUGAAAUAAGAAACGGUCGUCUCUUGGGGGUGUGCGCAAGUGUUGAUAAUUGCCGCUUGUUUGUUGGUGGGAUUCCAAAAACAAAACAAAGGGAUGAAAUUCUGGCUGAAAUGAAGAAGGUUACAGAGGGGGUUGUUGACGUCAUCGUUUACCCCAGUGCAGCAGACAAAUCCAAAAACAGGGGCUUCGCCUUUGUGGAGUAUGAUAGCCAUCGAGCUGCUGCUAUGGCAAGACGGAAAUUGCUACCAGGAAGGAUUCAGUUGUGGGGACAUCCAAUUGCAGUGGAUUGGGCUGAGCCAGAGGUUGAAGUUGACGAAGAAACAAUGUCAUCAGUCAAAAUCUUAUAUGUACGUAACCUUAUGCUUCCAACCAGUGAAGAAGCAAUUGAAAAAGAAUUUAGUAGCAUCAAACCAGGCACAGUAGAAAGAGUAAAAAAAAUUCGAGAUUAUGCAUUUGUUCAUUUUGUAACUCGAGAAGAUGCAAUUAACGCCAUGAACGCAAUGAAUGGAAAGAUAUUGGAUGGUUCACCAAUUGAGGUCACACUGGCCAAGCCUGUAGAUAAGGACAGUUAUGUGCGUUAUACCCGAGGGACAGGGGGCCGAGGGGCAAUGAUGCAAGGAGAAUAUACCUACACUCUAGGGCAUGUGUAUGAUCCUGCAGCUGCCUAUCUUGGUGCUCCUGUUUUCUAUGCACCCCAGGCUUAUGCUGCCAUUCCCAAUCUGCGGUUUCCAAAUAAAGGACAUCUUGGUGGGAGGGGAAUGUUCCGGACUCCAUCUGUGAGAGAAAUUUACAUGAAUGUACCUGUAGGGGCUGCAGGAGUUAGAGGGCUAGGAGGACGAGGUUAUUUGGCUUAUACGGGUAUUGGACGUGGUUAUGCAGGUUACCACGUGAAAAUGGACAAAAGGCAAGAGGAGAAACUUUAUGACCUCUUGCCUGGAAUGGAGCUCACGCCAACCAAUCCAGUGACCCUAAAACCACAAGGAAUAAAGCACCCAUCUCAGGUUUUAGAAGAUAUUUGUCAAAAGAAUAGCUGGGGACAGCCUGUUUACCAGCUCCACUCUGCAAUUGGACCAGACCAAAGACAACUUUUUGUAUACAAGAUUACCAUUCCUGCUCUUGCCAAUCAGUUCACAAACAUCCAACCAUUCACACCACCCAAACUCUGCACCGCUGUGGAAGAAGCCAAGAGUUAUGCUGCGGAACACGUACUUCAGAUUCUUGGUCUCCAGCUGGAGGGCACUGAGCCACCAAAUGCAGCUUUCACAGGCAGACCUCUGUGUAUGCCUGUCUCCUACUUGGCUUCAUCUACUGAUCUCCCAUUCCCAUGUUAUGCUGCAGGAUAUGCUUUAUCUGGCGCGGCGUCUGCUCUGGCAGCUACACAGCUGAAGCAAGCUGUUGCCUUGGGACAGGACCUAGCUACGUAUGCAACGUACGAUGGUUAUCCAACCUUCGCCGUGCCUCCCCGUGGAGACACCUACGGAGCGUUCUGAGGCGAAAUGGACACUGAUGAGCAACGUUGCCAACACAGUUCAGCAAUGUUGAUGUUAAAUUAACAGCCAGAUGUAGGAAAAGAUUAAUAGAAUUAUUCAGAAUGAUUCAAAUGACCUGGAGUAAGGAUGUGAUUUCAAUAAUACCUAGAAUCUAGUUAGACUGUAAUUCUGUUCAGCUACUAUACAUGUAUAUAAAUAUACAUUAAGGAUGUAUCUUAAGUUAAGAGAUCUUUUAAAACAAAGCAAAAAAAAAGCUAUAUAGCCCAUUAAUAUUUUUAUAUUUCUCAGGUAUAAAUUGGCCUUUAUGUUUACUUUGUACUUCAUACUUUUGCCAUACAGGAUACUUGGAUAUUAGAAGAACAUUGAAGUGUUUUGUGUAAGAUAUGUGUGACUCUUGUACGUAUAUGUAGUUAAAAGGUAUCCAACGUUGGACCCUGUAUUUACUGACGGAGUUCAUGUUUACUAAAUUUCAACACAUCGUUUAGGUCGCCUUGUGCCAACAGCGAAAAUCUGCCAAGGUUUAAUCUAACUGUGAUGCCAAAAAAUAAAAUGUUCUGACAUGAGCAGAUGCUAUGAAAAACAUUUCUAUUUCCACAUAUGAAGUGAGAAAUAUCUUUCAGGCUUAAAUAUCAAGGAGAAAAACUUUUAAAAAAGCUUAAAAGUGCAGCUGCUAAUAUAUUAUUCAAUUAAAUUAGAUACCAAGUUGAAUUUUCUGCAGUAUUUACCACCUUACCAUUUUAAAGGCAGUCAGUUCCUUUUCUCUGUUGCUUUGGCUGUUUCUUUUUCUUUCAUUUUAAACUGGAACAAAACUAUGCUUUAAUGUGUUUAGAAGAGCAUCGAUGUUGUACUUGUGCUUGGUUAGGUAUUCAGGAAGGUGCCAAAGCAGCAAGCAAUGGUAACAGUAUUAAAACGCACCCUGGAGUGUUCAGAAACUAUUUUUGUACCCAGUUUUAAAAAUAUCAAUGUUUGUACAGAAUGUAACAUUUUCUCUCAGAUACUGAAAUGGUCACGAAAGAAAAUUAUAGAAACUGUUAUCAGAGGAAAAUUAUUGACUAAUAAGUGCAUACAUAAAUUGGCACCAUGAAAUUAUAGUAAUACUACUUUAUGUCUGUUUAAUUAUAAGUUAUUAAAGGAAUAUUGUAAAACCAUAGUGUGCUUCAUUGCAUUUUAACCUCGUUGUCCAUUUACCAUCAAAGUGAUGUAAAACGUGUCUUAAUCAAUUAUAACAAGAUUUUUUUGGAUGUAUCAGUAAAUAUGACAGACAGAAUUAAAGAUAUAAUCAUUAUUAAUUGUG